UUUCUCUUUUAUAUUACUGUGACUUUUCAAGUUUCUUUGAUUUUUGUGACCCUGUUUUCAAUUAAUUAAAUUAAGAAAAAAAUAUUUAAUCCUCUGGUUUUCUAUAUUGUUUGUUCUGUGGCCUUUAUUUAUACAUUAAUGUACUGUUAUUAAUCGAGAACCGUGGUUUUUUCUGCAUGCUUUUGAUAGUAGUGUGGGCAAAAUGUCUCUGAGUAAGGAUCUGGUGUUGUUGAUGUUGCAAUUCUGUGCUGAAGAGAAUUUCAAAAGGACUGCUCACAUGCUUGAGCAGGAAAGUGGUUAUUUCUUCGAUUUGGAACAUUUUGAAGAGCUGAUCCUCCAUGGUAACUGGGAUGAGGCAGAGGAUUAUCUGUCCAGCUUCACAUUACUUGAAGACAACAAAUAUUCAACUAAGAUUUAUUUUGAGAUUCGGAAGCAAAAAUUUCUUGAGGCCCUCGACAAACAUGAAUCUGCUGCGGCUUUAGACAUUCUUGUGAAAGAUCUCAAAGUUUUUGAGCAAUCAAACAAAGAAUUGUACAAAGAAAUGACUCUGCUCCUAACUAUGCCCAACUUUAGGGAGCAUAGUGAACUGACCUCGUAUGGAGAUACGUUAUCUGUCAGAAGAAGCAUUAUAAAUGAAUUGAGGGCUGUCAUUCAGGCAAAUCCAAUUCUCCAUGGAAAAACCAACUUUCCCCCUAUUACCAAGUCAAGGCUAAGGCGUCUCAUUAACCAAAGUUUGAAUUGGCAGCAUAAGCACUGUGCACAUCCUCAUCCACAACCACAUAUUGACACCCUCUUUACAGAUCAUAAGUGUCCUGGACCAGAUAAUAUGAUGCAACAGAGUCAAUUGGAAAACGAAAUUUCACUUGUCACCAUGUCCACCGAACUGUCUGCAUCACCUCUCACCGGUACCACCCCAGCUGUAAAACCUCUCAAUGAAGUAAUAUCACCCACAGAUUCUUCGAGCAUUUGUCAAGAUUCAGCAAAUGAUGUCGAAAAAGAUGAAAUUUUAGCAAUUAUUGAAGGCCAUGAGUUGCUUCAAACUUCCCCUUGUGUUUCGGGCGAUUCUUCCUCUGGAUAUCUAACAGAAUCAUUCAGAAAGCUUUCUGUAAAUCAGAUGCCUGUGCUGCCUCUUCAAACUGUUGUUCCGGCAAGAAAUGCUGCUUCAGAAGAAUCUCUGGUUAUGUGGCAGAACAUAAGUGCCAGAGGGGUUUGCCCUAAUAAUGAAUUAAUGAAAAUGGAGAUACCCCAUAUUUCUAAAGUUGUUGAAGUUUCAAGCUGCGAAUAUGUUAUCCUCCCCUCUCUAGUUCAGACUAAUACGAUAAGGAGGUUGCUGUACAGUCAUUCAGGUAAUGGGGUUGUGGCAUUAGCAGAAGAUGGGACUCAUCUACUCUGGAAAUGGGAAAAAAAUGAUGAUAAUAUAAACGGGGAGGCAAGUACAAAGAGUACCCCUGCACUAUAUCAACCAAAGAGAGGUUUAUUAAUGAUAAACGAUACUCCACCUCGAAAUAGCAGUUUGGAUGAUCAAGUUCCAUCUACCUUGACAUUGUCCAAAAAUGACGCUUAUGUUAUCUCAUCAUCUGGAGCCGUCAUUUCUUUAUACGACGCCAUCUCUUUCAAGGAACUAAGAAGUGUGAUGAGGCCACCCCCUGCUGCAACAUGUAUUGUGUUCUAUCCGCCAGAUAACAACGUAAUUGCUAUUGGCCGCCAUGACGCAUCAAUCCUCAUCUUUAACAUACGUACUGAUGAGUUAAUAAGUAAGCUUAAAGGGCACUCGAAAAGAGUUACUGGGCUUGCCUUCUCGACCACCUUAAAUGUACUCGUCUCUUGUGCCGUAGAUACUGAGAUUAUUGUGUGGGAUAGUCGUACAUGGGAGAAAAAGAAAAGCACAGUGUUGCAGAUUUCAGGUGGUUUGUUGGGGUCAGCAGAGCUAUCGGAAACCAGUAUUGAACUCGACAAGGAUCAUAAUCACUUCCUUGCUGUUCAUCAGACUCAACUUGCCAUUUAUGAAACAUUAACACUUAGACGUGUCAAGCAGUGGACGAUUGCCAACUUUUGUGCGAGGAUAUCGCAUGCGACGUAUUCAUGUGAUAGUGAAAUGGUAUAUGCUGCAAUGAGAGAUGGAAUCAUUUUAGUGCUUGAUGCUUCGGAUCUUAGUCCAAGAUACGAGAUUGAUCCAUCUGCAUAUCUUCCAUCUCGUCUCAGGCCUUGUUAUGUGGUGGGGGUGGUGGAUCCAGUAGUGAUAGCUGCUCAUCCAAAGAAGAAAAACCAGUUUGCUUUGGGAUUAUCAAAUGGUGAAGUUGUAGUUGUUGAGCCCCUUUUUCCGACUCAAGUUAAAUUGGCGUCGUCUCUCUGAAAAUCAAGACCUAGUACUACUAGUACAGACAAAUGGAGUUUUAAUCACAUUUAAUAUGUCAUUUUCAUAUAGUAUUUCGUUUUGAGGACCGAAUUAUUUAUCGUCUAUCAUCAUUCUAGUACAAAUAUAUAUAUUGCUAUUUUUCCUUC